AUGCCUGGAGGAGGAGACCUCCUAAUACCACCCGACGUAGCCACAGAGCUAGGGAUAGGCGGAGGAAACAUAGCCUACAACACCAACUCGGUGAGUCUAGUCGACGAGAGCAAGACAGAUGCAGAACUCGUCGCAGACGCCAGAAAGUUGGUCAAAGGCAUGUGCACCCACCUAGACGAGGCAACGUUCACACGCCUGUGGGACAUACUGGCCAAGCACAGUAAAUGCUGGCUCAGACCCAGAAUAGGCCAAGUAAAAGCCAAGGCGCGAUUCAGAGUCGAGGGCAAACCCCACAAAGCCCGUCUCAAGCCAAUAAGGCCAGAGCUACAAAGCGAACUGGACCGGCAGGUAGACGACAUGCUUGGUAUGGGAGUAAUAGUCCCGUCGGAGUCGCCUUGGGGAGCAAGACCAGUCUUCGUGAAGAAGAAGACAGGAGAGUGGAGAGUCUGCAUAGACUACAGAGAAGUCAACAAAUGCAUGACCCUAGACGCAUACCCAAUCCCCAACUUGUGGGAACAGGUACAGCAGGCCGCAGGACAUAAGUACUACAUAUGCCUAGACUGUAACCAAGGGUUCUUCAAUGUGCCCUUGGAGGAGGAGAGUCAGCCUUUAACGGCAUUCGUGUCGAAAAAGGGCACAUUCCAGUACACCGUAGUCCCAUUUGGCGUGAAGAACAGUCCAAUCGUGUUCCAAAGGAUCAUGGAUCAAAUCUUCGCCGGGAUCAUCGGCAACGGCGUCAGCGUGUAUAUUGACGAUAUCGUCAUAUACGCAAACGACCUAGAUGUGCUGUUCGAAAGACUGGAGCAAGUCCUCGACCGAUGCUGCGCAGAAGGACUGUACCUGAAGCUGAAGAAAGGUGAGUACCUGAAGGACUGGGUGAAGAUGUUAGGCUACCUAGUAAGCAGUGAUGGCAUCAGAUUACAUCCGAGCAAGGUGGAAGCAAUCCGCCAAGUACCGGCUCCCAAGAACAUCCAAGAGCUAAGAUCGUUCCUAGGCGCAGCGACGUACUUGAAGAAGCACAUUCCAUCCUUCGCGCACCACACAGCCAUACUCACCGACCUGCUAAAGAAAGGAAGGCUAUACUCAUGGGACGAAAGUCACGAAGCCGCGUUCCAGGCCAUCAAGCGAGCGAUCAUGGACGCGACCAUGCUAAAAGCGCCGCAAGGCAAGGGCCGCUUCGUAAUCACGACCGACGCCAGCGAUAAAGCCAUAGGAGCCAUCCUAGAGCAAGAACAAGACGGCGAACGCGUCCCCAUAGAGUUCGGAAGUCGGAAGCUACAGCCGGCAGAGCAGAGGUGGGACACACGUGAACGAGAGUUGUACGCCAUAAGAUACUUCGUGGAUAAAUGGCACCACUACUUAUGCGCUGCACCGUUCCUGGUCAGAACCGACCACCAGAACCUAAAAUACCUAUCGAAGGCAGACACCGGCAAGUUAGGUAGAUGGUCACUGUUCCUGCAGCAGUAUGACUUCCAAGUAGAAUACGUCAAAGGCGAAGACAACGUCGUGGCCGACUGGCUGAGUCGAACCGACUUACUAAAAGACGUAGACGAGGACGAUCUCAUAGAGAGCAUCUCCUGCAGUCCGGGAAUAGCCCUGCAAGCCACCGACGAACCGAAAGGUCUCCAAGCACUGGACGACGAAGACGCAACUGCUAGGACCCUCGUAGAACGCGGUCAAGACGGCUGGUGGUUCAAGAAAGGGACCAAUAGGCUCUACGUGCCGCAUAGACUGAGGAGAGCACUCUUCGACCAGUUGCACUUCAAGAGCGGCGCACACCCAGGAGUCCACCGCAUGCGACGGCAAUUGCAAGCCCAGUAUUUCUGGCCAAACCUCUGCCGUGACAUCGAACAAUGGACAAGAGAAUGCUUGCUCUGUGCACGCCUGAAUCUGAGACCAACAGUUGCGAAAGACGUCGGCUCACUCUCGCGGCCGUUCUUUAACGAGCUCAUUUCGCUCGACCUAAUCGGCCCGCGGGCAGUAGGAGGAGUCAAUUACCACAUCGUAGUCGUCAUCGACCAUGCCACGAGGUACCUACAAGCCCAAGUGAUACGCGACAAAAGCGCACAGACCGUAAGAGACUUUGCAGUCACCCACUGGCAGCAGUACUUCGGCGUGCCCAUCGCAGUCCUUGUGGACGGCGGUAGUGAGUUCAAGAGUCAGUUCUUCCAGCUAGUCAUGAACGAGUGGCGAAGCAAGCUGUACGUCACCUCACCCUACCGACCACAAGGCAACGGCGUAAACGAAUCCAGCCACCGAGCGCUGAGUAAAGCCCUCCAGGGCAACAAUCCUACAACAUUCGUCGAGCUCAAGGAAGCACUAGCUGCUUCCGUGCUAGCUCACAACUCCAUUCCACAUCCGGCAACGGGACUAUCACCCAUAAUGGCCCUGAUUGGGACCGAGGCCAGGUACUCCAACGAAGUGCCACUCGUGUACCAAGAACAGGCCCGACUGGACGCGCUACGAGAACUAAGGUUCCCAACCGCGCUGCAACUCACCAGCGAAGUGUUUCAUCGAGAGCCAGAUCUACCUAAAGGACAGUCGAUAACUGACUUCCCAGUGGGCUCGGUAGUGUUAUACAAGCUGAAUGAGAAGUCCCCGAAGAGCCAUCAAGGAGCGAUGGGGCCAUUUGUCAAGCAACCUAUAUGGUCGGUACCCUGCGUGGUAUCCGCCCACGAACAUGGGAGUUUGCACGUGAAUCCGGUAGGGACGCCUGGUGCCCCCACCGCUCGCGUAAGCUAUAGGGAUGCUACCCAGUGGCCGUACACUGAGAACAGCCAAGCCGCCGCCAGUGUUUUGUUGCGAGGAGGUAACGCUUCGGAGGUCACUGUGGAGGAAGACAUGAGUCCCC